AUGAUAGAUAGUACACCAGAUGCAUCACAUCGAGAAAUUUAUACAAUUGUUAUUCGAUAUAAAAAUGAUUUCAAUGUUGAAGAACGACUGAUAACAGCAAUUGAAUUACCAAGCAAGGUAGGUCUUGAUAUAUCAAAUACGCUUUUCGAUGUUUUAAGACAAUUCAAUAUUUCAACGAAUAAAUUAAUUGCUCAAUGUUAUGAUAAUGCUAAUAAUAUGUCUGGUGUCAACAAAGGUGUUCAAGCGUGUGUUAAUGAUAAACUAAGUCGUGAAGUAAUAUUCAUACCCUGUAGUGCACAUUCAUCGAAUCUGGUAGUUAAAUAUGCUUGUGAUUGUGGAACGGAACUUAUUUCAUUAUUUAAUCUUUUGCAAGAAAUAUAUAAUUAUUUUACUAAAAGCAUUAAGCGUCAUUAUGUUCUUCGACAAGAAUUGGAAUCUUCUGAAUUCGGUUUAUUAGUAAAAAGCCUUGCUGAUACACGAUGGGCAAGUACUGCCAAUUUUCAAACAUUACAUGCUGUUGAUGUUUCAUUUGAACAAAUUGUUGAAAGUUUAUCUAUAAUUAGUGAAGAAGUAACUCAUAAAGAUGAUGCAUAUCAAGCCAAAUGUCUUAAACAGAAAUUAUUAUCAUUUGAAACUAUGUUCCGAUUAUUUUUUAUGAUUAAUGUAACACGCGUAACUCAUGCACUUACUUCUCAUUUACAAGGAAAACAACUUGAUAUUAUAUCUGCAAUCGACAUUAUUUCUAAUACGUUAAAACUUAUUCAGAAUAUGAGAAAUGAUGAUGUCACUAUGAUUAAUAUGAUUCAACGAAUUGUUCGACGUGCUGAAACAUUUGAUAUAGAUAUUGAUAUGGAAUUUCAAAAACUUCAUAGACCUCGAAAACUGUCUCAACGUAUUGAUAACAAUCAAAAUACUGCUGUUACAUUAACAAGAGAUCAAUAUUAUACAAAAUUAAUGCGACAAGUAUUAGAUCAUCUGUAUUCUGGAUUUGAUGAUUAUCUUGUUACAAUAACAAAUAAAUUACGUUAUUUUCAUAAUCUUUCACCAGAUCGUAUAAAACAAUUUUCAUUAAAUGAUGCUGAACAACUAUGUUCCAUAGUACCUGGACUUUCAUCUCCAUCAUUAGUUUUAACGGAAUUCGAAUUACUACGUCAAGCUAUUUCGGUUUGCACAACAAUCGAUCAAGUUAUUGGACAUUUAAGAACAGUUGGUCAUGCGUAUCCUCGUGCAUCACUUGUAUAUAAUUUUCUUAUUACGUUACCUGUUACGGUGGCAUCAAAUGAAAGAAGUUUUUCCAAAAUGAAAAUUAUUAAAAACUACUUAAGAAAUGCAUUAAAAAACGAAAAAUUUGUUCAUUUGAUGUUAUGUGUUGUAGAAAGUGAUAUACUUUCUACAGCAGAUCUUGACAAAAUGGCUGCUGAAUGGGGUCAAAUGAAAAAUCGACGUGUAAAAGUUACUUGUGAUAAAUAA